CCCCCCCCCCCCCCCCCCCGCCCUCCCUCGCCUCAUCCCCAACGAAGCCACUUGGUCCUUUCCAGCCAGCAGAGUCCGGACGCGCUCGUCGCCCUUCGCCAACAGGAUUUGCACUCGUCUGCUCGAAUCUCUUUUUUUUGCGGGGGGGCGAUUGUCAACUUGCAAGAAACGGAAGGAGCUUGGCAAAACGGCCGCUUUGAAGGAAACCCGUCAUUUUCCAAUCUUUACGCGGCGUCGUCGCACGCCGCGCGAGGACGAGGGGCGGACGCGGGGGAUAAUCGGGCACGGUGCGAAAGGCGCGGAACGCCGACGAGGAUGCCGACGCGCGACGAUUUGCGUUUGAUCGCCGGAGCGCCGCUUUGAAACAAGACAAAGAAAGGCACCAUGAUUCUAACAACUUUUGCCGUCCUCUUGUCAUUCCCGGCCGCCCACUUGAAGGGGGUCGACGGCGACGGCGGCGCGCGCCUGGACUGCGUCAAGGCCAGCGAGCGGUGCCUGAGGGAGGCCCCCUGCAGCACCAAGUACCGCACCAUGAGGCAGUGCGUGGCCGGCCGGCACAGCGCCGCCGGCGCCGCCGCCGCCGCCGCCGCCGUCACGGCUCCGGAGGCGCGCGGCGAGUGCCGCAGCGCCAUGGAGAUCAUCAAGCAGGACCCGCUCAACCGCUGCAGGUGCAGGAGGGGCAUGAAGAAGGAGAAGAACUGCCUGCGCAUCUUCUGGAGCGUUUAUCAGAGUUUGCAAGGUAACGAUUUACUGGAAUAUUCUCCGUACGAGCCGGUCAACAGCCGCCUUUCGGCGCCCAUCAUUGCGGCCGAGCCGGCGUCCGGCAAGGAGAACAACUGCCUGAACGCGGCCAAGGCCUGCAACCUGAACGACACGUGCAAGAAGUACCGCUCGGCCUACAUCAACCCGUGCACGGGCAGGGUGUCGGCCUCCGAGGUGUGCAACAGGCGCAAGUGUCACAAGGCCCUGCGACACUUCUUUGACAAGGUGCCGAGCAAGUACAGCUACGGCAUGCUUUUCUGCUCGUGCCCGGCGGGCGACCGGAAGGCCUGCGCCGAACGCCGCCGGCAGACCAUCGUGCCCGCCUGCUCCUACGAGGACAAGGACAAGGCCAACUGCCUGUCCCUGCGGGACGCCUGCAAGACCAACUACGUUUGCAGGUCCCGCCUGGCGGAUUUCAUGAGCAGCUGUCGGCCGGACGCCGGCUCGCCGUCGGGCUGCCUCCGGGGGAACUACGCCGACUGUCUGCUGGCCUACUCGGGCCUCGUCGGUACGGUCAUCACGCCCAACUACGAGCGGUCGCUGGGAAUCAGCCCGUCGCCCUGGUGCGACUGCGCCGGCAGCGGCAACGACAAGCCCGAGUGCCACAGCUUUCUGGACUCCUUCGCCAACAACCGCUGCUUGCGCAACGCCAUCCAGGCAUUCGGCAACGGCACCGACGCGGAGGCGUGGCAAGCUCAACCCCCCGUCCGGGCCAGCGUGUCGGCGCCCGGCGCCGGGAAGGACGCGCUCAGCGGCCCCGUCCCGCCGGACCCGAACGCCGACCACCUUUGCCGCAGCUUCCAGGCCCAAAAACUGGCGUCCAAUCGCACGGAGGAUUCGACGCUGUGCGCGACGUCCGAGUCGAACGCCAUCGCGAGAAACUCACCGGCCAAACUCUCCCGUCUGCACGCGUGGAGUCUGCUCCUGGCUCUGGCCUUCGCUUUCACGCCGACGACGACGACGUUCCAGCUCGGAGGAGUCUCGCUCUCGUAGAACCUGUCAAGGACCACAAGUUGAUCAGGACCUUCCUCUGCAUCUCCCACCCCCAUAAAGAAAAAAAGGACACAUUUACAGACUGUGAGGGCGGACUCGUUUUGGACUUGAACGGGCACCCAAUGUGGAAAAACUGUGGAUGGCUUUCAAAUCUGCGCCUACGUCAAUUAAAACCGCAAUCGCUCAACAAGACGACAAGGCAAGUUUUGCUGUGCCCCCCCCCCCCCGAAUUUUCUUUUGAAAAAGACGAGAGCGGCAAAGCGCUCAGGUAUAAGGCGUUAGGCUCAACGACGCCAAUAUGAAAACAUUGAAGCCAACUAACUGUUGCAAAAGCGCAAACCUUCUCUGCGCGUGACGUUUCAUGGAGGACAAAAUGUAACGUGCAUUGAAAGAAAAGAACGCAUCAGCGCGACAAAAACAUUUUUCCGGCCAGCGCUCCUGAAAUGUCCUCCAUUCCACAUCUAAAAUGUAUUCACGGAAAUUAACCGGAACUGUUUUGUAACAUGAAAACGACGUUUCAUUUCAGUUCGGGCAGUCUUUCAUCACACCAUUGCAGUGGUUCGAGAGAAAAGAAAAAAACAAAUCAACAGACUGUCUUUGUGAACAACACAGAUGGUUCAUUUUACGGCAAUUAGACGUCCCAAUGCAAGUUGAGGGGGAGGAAAAAACAUUUGUGUCAUUGCUGAAAAUGUGUGCAAAUCACUUCAAUGUAAAGCGCACACCCCGAAUAGUGUUUGACGGCUCCAUUAAAAAUCAUGUUUGGGCAAA